AUGCCACAAAAGGGAGUCUCAAAGGGCGGGGGUAAAGUGAAGAGUGCUGGGGCGCUUCGUCGUCAGGUGGGAAAGACACGCCCGGGUAUGCGAUCAGUGGCCGCCAAGAAGAAUAAACACGUGCAAAUUCGAGCAUUAAAUAAGAAAUUCGAAAGUCAAAAACGCGUGGACAUAGAAAAUCAAAUAGCUGCGAAGACGUCGGGAUUCCAAAAGUUCCUGGUCGUCAAACCAGAGGAAGAAGAGAAGAAAGAAGACACCAAAAAGUUAAAGAAAUUCACAUAUAAAUCCGGAGUGUCGGGCAAGGCAAAGGCCGGAUCAACUAUACAACAGGAGAAGAAGAAGCGAAAAUAG